GUCGCGCAACACAUCCGUGACGACUGGUCCCUCUUCUUCUUCUUCUUCCCCCUCCACUUCUACCAUUGUACUCGUUAUAUAAUCCCCAUUGCCUUAUUGUACUACUAGAGUGGUCGUUGCGCGACGACGUUGAGGCGACAUACCGCUCCCCGGUCGCGUGGUCCACGUGUUCAGAGAGCCGACCAUUCCCAUCUCGCCCCGAGUCGCGACAAUUGCGCGCAAAACAACCACAUCGACCGCGUGAGAUAAGAGACAGAGCGACAGAGACAUUCCAACGCGUCGGACACGAUGGCCCCAUCCAUUGAGCGUCAGCAUGCGCUCCCCGAGCAACAGAACAUGAUGCUGGCAGAGGAGCGCUCUCCACCGCAUGAGAUACUCGUGGAGCGUCGGUGCUUGGGACAGACGGAGCUCAAAGUGAAGCCGGGCCAGAUUGGCACCUCCAAUGCCACCAAGCUCGAAAACCUGGGUGUCCUCGACUAUGCGCAUCUGCGCGUACCCUUACCCAAAGACCUGACGGGCAGCGGCAUCUUCCUGCGAGGCACGAACCGCAAAUUCCCAGAGGCCUACUUUUUGAUGCGACGCGCAAGUGACGGCUUCAUCAGCGCAACGGGCAUGUAUAAGGCUGCUUUUCCCUGGGCGCAACAGGAAGAAGAGGCACUGGAGAAAGAGUACAUCAAGAGCUUGGAGGAGGCUUCUAGCGAAGAGGUCGCCGGGAACGUAUGGAUUGACCCCAAGAAAGCGCUCGACCUCGCCGAUGAAUACGGCAUCAGACAUUGGAUCAAAGCGCUCCUCGACCCGGAACCAAUCAUCCACGGAACCAGCGACCCGAAAAAGACCAUCAAGUCACCACCACCUUUCCACAUGACUGAAACCACGAAUGGCGCAAAGACGCCGGGCGGAGGCCGACGCACAACACGAGGUGCGCGCAGCAUGAGAUCCGAGUCACCAUCCAAGGCCAAAGCGACUCCGCGCAAGAUCGCCACUCCUAGAAGGCCACGACGAACCCGCGGCACAACUGCUGAGCCCGAAGAACCCGUCGUCGUGGCGCCAGUGGAGCCCGUGAACGGAACAACCGCAUCGCCAAAGACCACCGUGAACGGAACAACCGCACCGCCAAAGGACACUGUGCGACUCGAAGUGGAGACGACCACAGGCGCCAAUGGCGAGGAAGAUGUGAAGCUCAAGGUGGAAAUGCCUUCCAACCACCCGAACCUGGACAUUCCAGAUAAUACAGACGAGAUGCUCGAAAAGGCGAGACAGAUGGUUGCAGAGGCAAGAAAGAUUGAUGGCACGAUCACGCGCGAGAAAGGCAAACGGAAGAUUGAAGAGGUAGUCGAGAAGGAAGAUGAGAUCGAAGCCGAGGCAGCGUCGCGAGCAGCCGCCCGAGCGAGACCAGUGGAAGUGGAGCUCCGCAAAGAGAAGAUUAGGAGGAGAGCGCUGACCGGAAUCGCAGCCACAUUGGCAGUUAGUGCGCUUAUACCCAGCAUCAUCGCUGCUUUCCCUUGGUAAACCUCGCGACAAUGCGCCGCAUAGCUUAUCGAGAAAAAAUCCGGAAUCUACUUGUUUUCGUCCAAGAUACCACUUGCUUUGUAACGGGAGGAACGGGAGUUUUGUUCUGCAGUGUUCGCAUGCUUUUGACUUUCGACAGACUGCGCGCGCGGGAGAGAAGGGGAGAGACAGGGGAGAAUCAGGAGGAGAGAGAGAGAGACAGAGGGCGAGAGAGAGAGAGCGAGAAAGCAAGAGAGAAGAGAGAGAGAGAGAAAGAGAGGAAAGAGCACCAAUGAAAAGAUGUCAGAUCAGAUCAGAUCACUUCCGAUCAAAUCCAAACACAAUUCUUGAAACCGAAAAAGAGAACAACAAAAAGAAAAAAAAACCAAAUCUCAAGGAAUACCUACCCAUAAAUAGGUAGGUAGGUUACUUACCCACACAGACGAC